AUGGUGAGAUCAUUUGGCUCUUGGGUGCAGCCACCCAUGUUGGGCCCCUUCCAAAAGCUGCUGGAAGCAGUUCCUACACACUGCGCUGCUGCAGACCUGCAGUAUCAAUUACAGCAGCUAGCACCCUCCUUGAUAGGUAUGGUAAGGAAGGACUGGGCUUCCCAAAACAGCAUUGCCCUCUCCUGGCAAGAGCCGGACUUUCCCAAUGGAGCCAUUCUGGACUACGAGAUCAAGUACUAUGAGAAAGUCUACCCACGGAUAGCGCCGGCAUUUUGGCACUACCUGCGGGUAGAAGAGCAUGAGCAGCUCAGCUAUUCCUCCACAAGGUCCAAGGCUCCAAGUGUUAUCAUCACAGGUCUCAAGCCAGCCACCAAGUAUGUAUUUCACAUCAGAGUCAGGACGGCAGCAGGAUACAGCGGCUAUAGCCAGAAGUUUGAAUUUGAAACUGGAGAUGAAACUUCUGAUAUGGCUGCAGAGCAGGGACAGAUUCUUGUUAUUGCCACUGCUGCUGUUGGUGGAUUCACUCUCCUGGUCAUCCUCACUUUGUUCUUCCUCAUCACUGGCAGAUGCCAGUGGUACAUAAAGGCCAAAAUGAAAUCUGAAGAGAAAAGAAGGGCUCACUUGCAAAAUGGCGAUAUACCUUUCCCAGGAAUCAAAACAUACAUUGAUCCAGACACCUAUGAAGACCCAUCUCUUGCCGUCCAUGAGUUUGCAAAGGAGAUAGAUCCUUCAAGAAUUCGUAUUGAGAGAGUUAUUGGGGCAGGUGAGUUUGGAGAAGUAUGCAGCGGACGUCUGAAGACACCAGGAAAAAGAGAGAUACCUGUUGCAAUUAAAACUCUAAAAGGUGGCUAUGUGGACAGGCAGAGAAGAGAUUUCCUGAGAGAGGCUAGUAUCAUGGGACAAUUUGACCACCCGAAUAUAAUUCGCCUUGAAGGAGUUGUUACAAAAAGAUCCUUUCCGACCAUUGGGGUGAAGUCUCUUUCGAGAUUCCUGAGGGCGGGAUUUUUAAAUAGCAUCCUGGCCUCACAUCCAGUGUCAGGGGGUGGAUCUUUACCCCCCAGCAUUUCCUCUG